AUGCCAUUAAGUACUGUAUAUAAAGAGCCACAAAAGCAGACCAUUAUCCACUCAGCUCCUCCUUCACUUCUUGUCCUCCACUUUGGAAAAAAGGACUUGGUAGCCAUGAAGGUCCUCAUCCUUGCCUGCCUGGUGGCUCUUGCCCUUGCAAGACAGAAGGAAGAAAGUGUAUCUGGUGAGAUCGUGGAAAGCUUUUCAAGCAGUGAGGAAUCUGUUACACACAUCGACAAGAAAGUUGAGAAGUUUAAACUUGAGGAACAGCAGCAAACAGAGGAUGCACUCCAGGAUAAGAUCCACCCCUUUUCCCAGCCACAGCCCCUAGUCUAUCCCUACAAUGGUCCCAUCCCUUACCCUAUCCUUCCACAAAACAUCCUGCCUCUUGCUCAGCCCCCUGUGGUGGUGCCUUUCCUUCAGCCUGAAAUAAUGGAAGUCCCCAAAGCAAAGGAGACUAUCCUUCCUAAGCAUAAAGAAAUGCCCUUCUCUAAAUCUCCAGUAGAGCCCUUUACUGAAAGGCAGAGCCUGACUCUUACUGAUCUUGAAAAUCUGCAGCUUCCCCUGCCUCUGCUUCAGUCCUGGAUGCACCCACAUUCCCAGCCUCUUUCUCCUACCCUCAUGUUUCCUUCUCAGCCCUUGCAGUCCCUUCCACAGCCCGUUUCUCAGCCCCAAGCCCUGCCUAUUCCCCAGCAAGUGGUACCCUACCCACAGAGAGAGAUGCCCACCCAGGCCCUUCUGUUGUACCAGGAGCCUGUAGUUGGUCCUAUGCGGGGCCUCUACCCUAUUAUUCUAAAAGAAUUCAGAGGACCCAAACAGUUUAUGCUAACAGAACAGCUUUAUUACAAGCAGAAGACAGAGUACAACAACAGGAGAAGGAUAUGCAUUGAGAGAGGUGUUGCGAUCCCAGGAGCAAACUUCAUUUGUCCUUCCAUGGCUUGGUAG